AUGGGACCAAGCUCAUCCGUGGAGCCACCGUCACCCAACGGGCCACCGUCACCCGCGAGGUCAUCGUCACCCCUGGGGCCACCAUCGCUCUUGGGUCAACGCUCAUCCCCGGGGCCACCGUCACCCAGGGGACAGCGGCCACCCACGGUGCCACCGUCCCCCCUGGAGCCGUUGUCCCCAGUGGGUGGCCCGGACCUGGCCCUGGACGAGCUGGAUGUCACCGAGCUGGCCUUGGCCGCCGGCUUAUUGGGGACCUCGGGGACACCGACGGGUGACAGCAGCGAGGACGAGGACGGGG